CGCGUUUCGUUGUCUUUGUACCAGGAGAGUGGAGUCGGAUCACGCAAUUGUGUGUCUUCCCUCUUCCCCGAAUCCUCUCUAAAUUCCCUCCCGAACCUUUCCCCUUUUUACCCUAUAAACCCUACCCCUCCCCUGAACUCAUCGCCAGGGUUGGAACAGGUUCAACAGUGGUGACCAAAGAGCAUACAGUGGAACCAGGUAUAUCUCCAAAGCACAGGGAUGGACUCCAGCGUGAUUGAAGGUGGACUCAAUGUCACUCUCACCAUCAGGCUGCUUAUGCAUGGUAAAGAGGUUGGCAGCAUUAUUGGAAAGAAAGGUGAAUCUGUGAAGAAGAUGCGAGAAGAGAGUGGAGCUCGCAUCAAUAUCUCGGAAGGGAACUGCCCAGAGCGCAUCAUCACCCUGGCAGGACCCACCACUGCCAUUUUUAAAGCCUUCUCCAUGAUCAUUGAUAAACUCGAAGAGGACAUUAGCAGCUCCAUGUCUAAUAGUACAGCCACCUCAAAGCCUCCUGUCACACUGCGCAUUGUUGUGCCAGCCAGCCAGUGUGGUUCUCUUAUCGGUAAAGGUGGAUGCAAGAUCAAAGAGAUCAGAGAGUCAACGGGAGCUCAGGUACAGGUGGCUGGGGACAUGCUGCCUAACUCUACUGAAAGAGCCAUUACCAUUGCUGGGACACCGCUCUCCAUCAUCGAGUGUGUCAAACAGAUCUGUGUUGUCAUGCUGGAGUCUCCUCCCAAAGGUGUCACCAUCCCGUAUCGACCCAAACCCUCAGGUUCGCCUGUUAUCUUUGCUGGAGGACAGGCAUAUGCGGUGCAGGGACAGCAUGCCAUUCCCCAACCUGAUCUCACUAAACUUCAUCAGUUGGCAAUGCAGCAAAGUCCGUUUCCUCUGGCCCCAAGUAGCCAGGGAUUCACUGCUGGCAUGGAUGCCACCACACAGACUGGAUCUCAUGAACUGACCAUUCCAAAUGAUUUGAUUGGCUGCAUCAUUGGCCGUCAAGGUGCCAAGAUAAAUGAGAUUCGCCAGAUGUCCGGAGCUCAGAUCAAGAUUGCCAAUCCUGUUGAAGGCUCUAAUGAUCGCCAAGUCACCAUCACUGGCUCCCCAGCCAGCAUCAGCUUGGCUGAAUACCUCAUCAAUGCUAGACUUUCUUCUGAGGCAACAGGACUGGCUACAAACUGAACUUCUCGUACGCCGCCAUAUCUCCAUUAGCCAGUUACCCCCCCCACCCCCGCUACCUAUAUACACACACAAACAAGUGUGCACACGUGCACUCACUUUCUGCAAAAAAAAAAAAAAAGCAACAAAGUAUUCUCAACCCAGCUUUUGUCCUCACCCAUGCAGGCUGUGCUUCAUAAAUAUAUUUUCUGGAAGUUAAUAUGCAUAGGUAUUUUAUUUAUUUAUUUCAUGGACAUGUUUUUAAAAUCCCUUUUGCGUAUAGUUUUUAACACUUUGGUUUUCAACAUAUCCUGUUGUACACAAUAUGAUUUAAAAGUACUGGGAAAAUUUUUUUUUUUAAAGAUUUUUGUAAGAUUUUUCUUACAAAACAUAUGGGGGGAACUAAUAACAUAAAUUAACUGCUUUUUCAGUGUACCAUACAAAUUGUCUAUUUUAAUUUAUAUCCAGGAAACUGUCGAUUUGUGUAGACAAGCUCCUAUUUCACGUUUCUUGGUUCUUUUGUCCUUCGUUUUCCCCCUUUGUUACUUUGUCACCCAAUUUGUGAAGUAUUUCAGUGGAUUGAAGGCAGCAGUGUAUUUGUUGAUUGCUGGUCAAAUGUCUCCUCUUGUCAUUCCUGUUUAUUUUAUUUUUUUCUCCCCCCCAGAAGCUGAAGGCCAUUUUGAUAGAGGGAUGGGCAAGAGCAUCGUGUCAGACAUUUCUGAUAAAUUGAUAAAUAAUGCUGAUGUGAUGAGUUGAUUAAUAUUUCUUUUAAACAGAGAGAAUAUUUUUUUUAACCUAUUGGGGUGGGGAGCCUGCAAAGGAUUCCAAACUGACUCAUUGUUUAUAUGGUGUGACUGAUUAAUCAACUAGAAGGAUCAUUCUAGAAGUAACACUAGUUUCCUCUUUUCUCAGUUUGCUUGGUUAAAAUUUUUAUUUUGUAAAGGAGAACCUAAAAUCUUUUUUGUGCACGUUUUCAGAAUAUUCUAGAUUUGAAGUGCAACAGGAAUGAAAAAAAACUAUAAAAUGCAAAUUAAAAAGAUGUGAAAUGCUGAAA